CUAGAUUGCGAUCAAAGAUAGCUCCACUGGGGCAUCAAAUAUCGGGGAAGGAGACUGCUUUCGCUUGUCGCAACAAAUUCGUCGCGAGUGUGCUCCAUGUCGUCCCACGCGGCGAGCGGGACGCGCAUCGAAGAGCGCGAGCGACGGGUGUAUAAGGACGCCCACGCCGCGCACUUCGCCAAGAUCCGGCACUUUCCAGCUCUGUCCCAAGUCACGUCGUCGGGGGACAAUAUCAUUUUGCUCCAGGAUGCCGUCGACAACACCGACAGCGCGCGACCAGCAAGGCUGAACAGGAUGGAGCGGAUACAAAGCCGAGUCGGGGACGCGGAUUCGUUCCAAGCCCUGUUGGGUCCCAAGUCGAUGCUAAGCGAAUUUCGCGGCGCCGUGCUGUGCAAACAUACGAAAGCUCGCGACGCCCGCAAGAGCGACGGACAACACGGCGAACAGCCGCAGCACGACAAUCCCCGUGCUGGAGCCGCGCCAAGAAAGCGACCGGUGUUUAACGCUGGAAGCGUCAGCGAAGCCAAGACUCGAAUCUCGCGCCCCCACGACUACGACUACCCUACCGGUCUUCACUCGCGGGAGGACCGCGUCCUGCCCGCCGCCCAGAAAGCUCAAGUGGUGCGUGCAAUGUAGGCACAAGGAGACAGGGCACGUCGCUUGCGAGAAGAUGAUCGAGAUGCGAUUUGUGUUGUUGGGGUGUCACAAUUUGUCGUCCUCAUGCCAUGCAUCAUGGCCCUGUGGUAGGACGAAGCACAUGCGCUCCAAAGCAAACCGACGUGGAUCGCAACGAACUCAACGCGGGCAAAAGCCGCCAUCGAAGCAGGGUACUACAUGAACUCGCCGUUGACCGACGUGCCGCUCGGUCGAAAGGACAUUCAACAGAUCAUCCGCAUGUCUGUCCGUGGCGGCGGCGUGAAUGGCGUCGGCGCGUCAUCGGUGGCUGCACCGGCCCAAGUGCUCCAAUAACAUCUACAAGCACACCAUGAGCGUCAAGACGAGUUGCUGAGGUACAAAGACCGUUUCAGCGGCGUUCACGCGGCGUCGUAGAGCGUCCGAGAAGUGUUGCUCUGGCCACCACGUAUUCGGCACGACGGCGCACUGAAUGGCGUUCGUCUUGAGGUGGAGAGGAACCGUCACGAGAAACGGAUUCAUUGCAAAAUGAAAGUCCGUGCCGUACCAAUCUUGCUACCACGGUGGCAGUGCCAUUCUCUUAGCGACGACAAAGGGAUGGCACCCAACGCACCAAUUCUGCCGACGCCGCCAGCAUCUCCAACCCGUGCG